CUGAGUGGGAACGCAGAGCGCAAGCGCACGGAGGACGACUGAGGCCUGUAUGGCGCCGGCUCAGCAGUCUCGGGUCCUACGGUGCUGCAGCUGCCACCUCUUUCAGGCGCAUCAGGUGAAAAAGAGUCUCAAAUGGACAUGCAAGGCUUGUGGAGAGAAGCAGUCCUUCGUGCGGGCUUACGGUGAAGGCUCUGGUGCUGACUGUAGACGCCAUGUCCAAAAGCUAAAUCUGCUGCAGGGACAAGUGUCAGAGCUGUCACUCAGGUCUGUGGACAGAGCUGCAAGUGAAGAGGAAAAUGCAGGGCCUCAGGAGGCUGAGAACGGGAGUCAGCAGGCACCGUCUGAGCCCCAGGAGUCCCGUUGGCUGAAGUAUCUGGACAAGGGCUGUGAGGAUCAGGAGCCGGACAGAGGAAGAGCAGCUCUUAAGACACAGCCCUCAACCAGUGCCGAGUGGUCAGAUCCGCCCCGAAGUCCAGCCCGACCCAGGAAGAGGAAAUGGAAUCAGAGCACAGGGCAGCCUCCACGCAGCCUGCAUGUCCAGGACUUGGACAGUGUUAGGGACAACUUUGAAUGCCAGGACUCCACUGGCCUGUUUGGGACAGAGCAACAAGGCAGCAGCCCUGCCCUCAGGACUGCAAACCACAUCAGGGAGCUCGGUUUCCCAAGAUGGAAACUACCAAGCCCUGUCCUUCAGGUCAAGACCCAAUCUUCUCAAUGGGCACGGUUUCUCCUGUCGCCUGGCAACAGCUCACAUGUGGAUGGGACCCCAUCAAGGCCUCUGCAGGGAAAGGCUCCAGGGGAAGACCACUUCAGCAGGGCACCUGCCACUGUCCAGUCUCCUCACACCACCCACUCCACCACACCCCAGCCAGAGAGGCCUGGCAGUGACACCCCAGAGCAACCAUGGGCCCCGGGGUCUCCUCAGGCAGAGGGUAGGCCCUUGGCUCAAGGGGCGGAGAAGGCCCCGCCAAUGCAGCUGCACAACCUCUUUACAACUGGGGAGGACUUUGAAGAUGACCUGUAGCCUUCACUGAGUCAGGGGUGAUGGGUCCCUGUAUGCCAGUCCUCCAUGCCACAGACGGGAGUGCUUUAGAACAGAUAACCCAACAAUAAACAUGCCUGCCUGUCAAA